AUGGCGGAGUCAGCUGAUUUUGUUGUUAUAAGAAACAGCCGCUCGAGUGGUUUGAUUGGUCAUAUGCACCGACCUUCGUUACCUAGAUCCACGGCGCACGGUGUUUCGUUGACACUCUCCUCUCCAUUAUGCUACAAUCUUCCAUCAACAUCGACAGUUCUAGUCAAGCAGCAGAAGAUCGGAUGGGAGGACGAGUUUCAACAAGAGAUACAAGCAUACGGAAAGUUGAAAAACCUCCAAGGAACGAUUAUUAUUCCAAUCUUCUUCGGUCAAGGCUCCUUCAAUGGCCGUGAUGCGCUUGUAAUUUCGGAGGUUGAGGGGAUCACCCUACACGAUCUCGCUCGAGGAAACUUCGGCGUCCAGCAUGAGGCGCUGAAGAUGCACCUUGAGAGAGCACUAGGCGCCUUCGAUGAGCACAAAGCAAUAUACUGGGACGCGAAGCCAGAUAAUUUUCUGUUUUGUGCUGAUACUAUUCCCGAACAAAGCAAAGUUAUGGUUGUGGAUCUCGAGGAAGUCGAGUUUCCCCGCCCUCUUCAGCCCUGGCAUCAUACACUCAACAUGGGUAGCGUGGGUAAUCUGAUGAGCAAAUUCAAAGAUGGACAAACCAAAGCGUCCAGUAUCGCCCACAGGUGCUUGUUAUCAGCCAGGUGCCGAUGA